GUCUCUCUGUGUCCCAUUGAUAUUACUCUUUUGUAAGCCAGCACUACCUUUGUAAUUUGCUCUGCAUUUGGCUAGGUGGAGCCUCCACAUUUUCUUUUCAAAAAAUUUUUUUGACUGCUCUCAAGCAUAUAGUCUUCCAGAUCAAAUAAAAUGUAGGACCAUUUAGAGUCAAUUUACAAGACUUUACCUCUCCCCCAACCCUCCCAUUAUGUAAUCUAGGUAGGCCUCUAACUCAGCAUGAUCCUCCUGCCUCAGCCUCCUGUUCCAGGCAUGGGCCACCACACCCAGCUAUAGAUUUCUGUGUUGCUCUUGUAACAAUUAGAACAGUAAUGAACUCUUAGGGCUAGGGGUGUAGUUGGGUGGGCUGGUAGAAUCCUUGCCUAAUGUGUGUGAGGCAUCCCCCAGUGGGCGGGGGGGCAUCUCUUACUGUGUUUUUUAUGUAUGGUCAAAGUAUCACAGUUUCUCUGUCUCUUCCUGUGCAUGUGUGUGUGUCUGCUUGCUCUCGUUCACUUGAUUCAGAGGUCAAGUGUCGGCCUCAAUUGCUCUCCGUCUCCUCUCUCCAGAUCAAAUUGAAGCCCUCAUUCUUUUUUCUUCCUUCCUUCCUUCUUUUCUUUUUUGUUUUUUUGUUUUUUUCAAGACAGGGUUUCUCUGUAUAACUCUGGCUGCCCUGAAACUCACUCUGUAGACCAGGCUAGCUUCGAACUUAGAAAUCCGCCUGACUGAAGCCCUCAUUCUUACGUGAAAGCGUUCUUACCGAUUAGGCCAUCUCACCAACCCCCUAGGUUUUUCUUACAUUGUCAAUUUUUUUAAUACAUAAAUCUUUAUACUUCUCACCUUUGUACAAUAGCUACAACCUCCAAAGGUUGAAUUAACAGUGACAAGAGCUGGCACUCCCUAGGACUUUUUAUCAAUUACAUAGUAUAGGGUGCUCCCUGGGGAAGAGGCCCCAGGACCCAGCAAGCUGCUCAAGACUAGAUCAUUGGUCAGGAAUCUGCCUGGGGAGCCACGUUGUCGAGAGCCUGCGGCAGGGUGUGGACUCCAGCCCUGCCAGGGGUGUGCACAGUCGCGGCCAGCUGCCAGCUCUGGUACUGGGCACCACUCCAGGAGCCCAGCGCGGGCUCAGCAUCCCGGGAAGCUGGUUGGUGGGGACGCUGCUCCCUCUCUCACGUCAGGUCUCCCGAUCUACUCUGCUACCAGCUCGACUCCCCAGCUGGCAGAGGGCCGGACCGCGCCAUACUGACGCGAUCAGUGUCGCUGCAGGCGCCGCCUUGGGAACCACUAAGUGUGGUACUGGAAUUCUGGGUGUGGCUGCCACCAGGGACCGAGGGACCUUGGUCUUCCCGGUCCUUUCCAGGGCAGGUUUAGCAAAGAAACUAUGGUUGGUGCGUCCUUGGGGUGGAGGAGCUGCAGCAACCAACAAAUGCACGGGAAGAUGGCACCUCUGAAGAGCCAUGUGCCCUGCACGGAGAAACCAGGAAAGGUCCAGGAGCCUCCAGAUGAUGGCAGUCUGCACUGGUCAGAAGGCUCAAAGGGUGAAGACAUAAAGAAGUAUAGCCGGGAAGGGACACUACGGAGCAAAUACAACCAACAAUACCACAAGCUGUUUAAAGAUAUCCCGUUGGAGGAGGUGGUCCUCAAAGUGUGUUCCUGUGCCCUCCAGAGAGACCUCCUUCUCCAUGGUCGGCUCUAUAUCUCUCCCAACUGGCUUUGCUUCCAUGCCAGCCUCUUUGGCAAGGAUAUCAAGGUGGUCAUUCCUGUGGUAUCUGUGCAAUUGAUCAAAAAACACAAGAUGGCACGACUCCUUCCCAAUGGACUGGCCAUCACCACAAACACCAGCCAGAAGUAUGUCUUUGUGUCUCUGCUUUCCCGGGACAGUGUAUAUGACAUGCUGAGGAGGGUCUGCACUCACCUGCAGCCUUCCAGCAAGAAGAGUCUGAGUAUAAGGAAAUUUCCGGAGGAAGCCGAGUGCGAGUCCCCGGUGAGAGCCGAGGCUGGAAGCAAGGGCCUAAGAGAAGUCCUUAUCCCCGAGAUGAAGUGGAGAAAAGCAUGCUCAGCCCCCGCAUCCCUGUCACUCCCAGACAGCAUCUCUUGUAUCUCUCAGAUCCCGACAGACUCCACAGAUAGCUGCUUCCCCUCCAGGAAGCCUCCAGGGUCUGAGGCCGUCUGUGAGAAAGAUGCAUUGGAGGAAGAGCCCAGCACGGACCAGGAACUGAGGCUGUGGGAUUCUCGGCUCCUCAAGGUCAUCUUUGUGAUGAUCUGCUUUCUAGUCCUGUCCUCGUCCUAUCUGGCAUUCCGAAUCUCCAGGCUGGAACAGCAAUUAUGUUCCCUGAGCUGGGGCAGUCCACUCCCAAGGGACAGGUAACAGUCACUUGGUCUUCAUCCCACACCUUAUGCAAGGAUGCUCUGGGUGCUGUCUCUACCAAGGAUUCCUGGGGUUUAUACUGCGGCUGUGCUGAGACUGAGUAUGAAGAACAUGUUCUAGAUUCUUCCUCCAGACUCCUCCCUAGCACCUCCCUCAGUGAGUGACCUGAAGUACCUGUUUACAGAUUAACUGGCUCCUACAACUUUUGGACUCAAACAGAAUGUUAGACUGUUUUUGUGUUUUUAUCAGUUGAGGAGUUCUGUACACUAAGCUUCAGCGACCACUGAAGUGGCAGAAAGCACAUUAACUUGUUUUAUUGUAAGCAAUGGUUCUGGCACACCGACAGAGCCCUGGGGGGCCACCUCCGGGGACAAAGGGCAUGCUUUGAUACCUGGACUGCUGCUUGCUAUCACAUGACACACCCUAGAACAUGUAGGGGAGUUGGGAUAGGGUGUUCCCACCUCUGCGGGCUCUGCUGCCUCCCAGCAUUCUGGGAUCACACUUGGGCCUCUCAGAAUCUUUGUUCUCGAGCUCGCAGGACUUUUCUUCAGGGAGCCAGGCACUAGGACCUUUGAGAAGGCUGGGAUGUGGAGAAGAGAGCUCUUGAUAGGGCUUAUCAAGAGACCAAUCUUAGUUUUCUGAGCUGAGCUGGAUGACUCUGGGCUGGCCCUGCAAGAGCUGUCUAGCUGAAUUUGGGAAGAUGCCCCCUGCAGGUCAGGAAGGACAUGGGGCUGAGAUUGGAGGUCCCAGAACUCCCAUUUUGGAGCAGCCCCCUCUUUAGUAGGACAAGGGGAACAGGUACUGUGGUAUUCAGUAGUAAGUCAGUUCCCAUUGGUUGCAGACAUUCCCAAGGUCCUAGACAUUAGCAAUAGGAAGGCAGGACAUUUGAUUUAAGCUCUAGUGGUUGGUAUACUUCCUCCAUGGUCGACUGCACUGGUCAGGGUGGCUUGACUGGGCAGUGGGAUCCAGCUGCAAGAUCCAGCAGUGUUGGGCCCUUCUUGGCAGAGCUCACUCAUUCCAUGGACCUGCAGUCCAUAUGCUAUUGGACACUCUGUAGGAUUCCAGUAAUCAUAAGUAAGGUAGAAGUGUCCCAGAUGGGAUAGGCUCCAGGCAGAGACCAGGAAAAGAGAUCUCUGACUCCCUUGAGGAGAAGAUGAGGAGGUGGUGAGAUCAGUGCACACUGAUGGUUUUGUCAUAAAGAAUCUUCCCCAUCUACUUAUCUUCUAUCUCCUCAGGACUCUCAUCUGCUAAGACAGUGCCUUUGAAGGUUCUAGAAGGGUCUUAGGGAGGAAGCCAGAGGUAUCAAGGAAAGGCACAGGUGGUGUGGAGUGGUGCUGGAAAUAGCCUCUGUUCCCCUCUCUCUUGUGCUGGGAGGUUAACCGGGGAAGGAAACCCUGGUGGAAAUGAUUGCAGGGCUGUUUGUCUCAUUCAGGACAAAUCCAAGCAGUACUGGAGAGAGGGACAGUGGGUGACAACUUCCUGGGUUUAGACUGGAAGUUUUGCCAUCAUCUCCCUAUUCUAGUUCCUAGGAUUAAACAUGGAACCCAGCCUUGUCUGUUGUUUGUACCAAAUCUUUCAUCUCAGGUGAAACCCGGUGUCCAUUUGGUCCUCCUUCUAGGGCUGCACCAUCCAAUGCCCAUCCUCCAAUGCCCAUCCUCCAGUGCCCAUCCUCCAGUGCCCAUCCUCCAGUGCCCAUCCUCCAAUGCCCAUCCUCCAAUGCCCAUCCUCCAGUGCCCAUCCUCCAGUGCCCAUCCUCCAAUGCCCAUCCUCCAGUGCCCAUCCUCCAGUGCCCAUCCUCCAAUGCCCAUCCUCCAGUGCCCAUCCUCCAAUGCCCAUCCUCCAAUGCCCAUCCUCCAGUGCCCAUCCUCCAAUGCCCAUCCUCCAAUGCCCAUCCUCCAGUGCCCAUCCUCCAAUGCCCAUCCUCCAAUGCCCAUCCUCCAGUGCCCAUCCUCCAGUGCCCAUCCUCCAGUGCCCAUCCUCCAAUGCCCAUCCUCCAGUGCCCAUCCUCCAGUGCCCAUCCUUUAAUGCACUUCCAUCCUUUUGUCUUAACCAUCCUCCAUCACUCUUUCCCAUCUUAUCGUCAUGGAAACAAUACUCCUUGCCCCAGUGCUUUCCCUCCCUGGUCCCUGCUGAGGGGCGAGAGUACAGGGCCAUUCUCUGAGCCUUGCUAGGUUGAGCCAGGGUUCAUGCCAAGUCACAAGUGGCUGUGCCAACAUGCUGUAGGAAGCCCAUUCUCCAAACAACAUGCUGUAGGAAGCCCGUUCUCCAAACAACAUGCUGUAGGAAGCCCGUUCUCCAAACAACAUGCUGUAGGAAGCCCAUUCUCCAAACAAGGCUGCAAGGGCAAGAGGCAAGCUGCAGGGCAGCUGAUUUUGAAGAGAGCCUUGAAGCCAGAGCUUUGAGUGAUAUGGGUGUGUCCAUGCCUCUGGAGGGUCCUCUCUCUGCUCCUCUAGAGGAGCUGUGUGUCGGUUGCGAUCGUUCAUAACCUGUGAGUGUGUAUCCACUCCCGACGCUCCUCCGGUUCUCUGAGGGCUUGCUUCAACAAGAGUGGCUUGUUCACCAUGGCAUUAGCCUUUGAAGUUUUUAAAAAAUGGGUUAAUUCCCAGGUACUGAAAAAAUGUUUUGUUUUGUUUUUUUAAAUAAAAACCUUGAUUUUUCUA